GCAGCGUGACAUAUCCCCAGAGCACUGCUGUGCUAUAGCUGAACAAUCACCAAGACUGCUACACCCAGGCAGGCUAAGAUAAAAAUAAACAGAUCAAUUCUAUAGCCAUUCAUCACUACAGGCAACAGAGUUGUACCCGGCGUCACACAGGAUGGAAGGAUGAUCUCUUUGCUGGCUGUGAUGGAACGAUAAGUGAUCAGAACGGAUUCUUGUGGAGUUCACCAGCAGAUUCUUGCACCUGAAACAAAUGCCAUCAUGAGAGGAAGAUUGAACAUCUGGCUAUGCAUUAAACUGUGCCUGCUCUCUGUGGUCAUUCUGGUGCUCUUUGCUGCCUUUGAAGGAGAGAAUGCAAUUUUAGGCAAUUUCCAUUGGCUUCAACACAGUUUAAAUCUCCUGUCAUUCACAAGCCAGAUCAUUAUCCUGAACUCUUCAACCUCUACCACGCGGCACCCUCUGUCACCUCCCUAUCCGUAUCCUUACAAGUUCCUCAUCAAUCAGCCACAGAAGUGUCAGAAUCGGAAACCAUUUCUAGUUCUCCUGGUGAUGGGAGAGAGUCAUAAUGUGAAAUCUAGAGACACAAUCCGUGAAACUUGGGGAAAUGAAAGUAAUUAUGGAGAAAUAGAUGUCGUAAAGAUUUUUCUGGUUGGCCUAUCUCCAGCUAUGACUGGAGCCAUACAGGGGGUGUUGGAGGAGGAGAGUGCUAUGUAUGGAGACAUUGUGCAACAGGACUUUCUGGAUACUUAUUAUAAUCUAACUUUAAAAACUCUAAUGGGAAUGGAAUGGGUGUCAAAAUUCUGCCCUAAUGCCAGUUACGCAAUGAAGGUGGACAAUGAUGUCUUCCUCAAUGUCAAUUAUCUUGUUCACCAGUUUCUACAUACAGAGUUUCCAGCUCAUGAAAAUUAUUUCACAGGGCUUCUUGUGUACUCUGCAAGACCUGUUAGGAACAAAAAAAGCAAAUGGUAUGUACCUGAGAAUGUCUACCCUAGUGACAUGUUUCCACCAUACCCUUCUGGUCCAGGUUAUGUGUUCUCUGUGGACAUGGCCAGAAAGGUGUACGGUGUAGCUCAGGAGAUAACAGUUCUUUCUGUUGAAGAUGCCUUUGUGGGAAUAUGUUUGUACAAACUGAACAUUUUGCCCACAGAACCUCCCAAAGACUUGUUUAAUGGGCAAAGGAUUGAAUAUGAUCGCUGCAUUUUUCAGAAUGUCAUCAUGGUUCACCAUUAUGAGAAUGAGGAAUUGCGAAAUGUGUGGUCAGACUUCUGGGGCAAGAAUAUAUUGGGGUGCUGAUUUCUAGAGGUAAUAAAUGAAGUUAGAGAAAGAGAUAAGUUAAUAUGAGGAGCCAGUAUUUACUUUUAUAUACCUACUAGUUACCAGCCCAUCAUAACAGUAAUGUCAGCACCAGUGGCUGUGUGUGCCCAGAUGGAGCAACACUUUAAUUGCUCGGUCGGGCAUCAUGUAGUGGCCGCCAACGGGCAAAACACUUGAAUUCUCCCAAUACAUGUGAGGAGCAGCGCUAUCCUUUUAUUAUAUAGGAUGUCGUAGUAAUCACAUUUCUCUUCUAAGAAGAAUCUUAUGCUUAUUUUAUGACCACAUGUUUGCAGGCACAACACAUAAUACAUUAAAUGGAAUGGAGCAAAUAGCUUAGUCUGGUAAAAGAAACAUACAGAUAGGUCCAACAAAACACUGGACUGACAAGUGUAACAACAGCAGAACCUGUAAAGUGUGUAUCCAAAGUACUUGUAAGAAGUACUCUAUGGGUGAAAUCUAUAUACAACGCAAAAAAAGAAGGAGAUUGACUCACUGAUUGACUCAUCACGAAAUCUCUUAAACCACAAGGCCUACAAUCUUGAAACUUGGCAGGUAGCUUCUCCUUAAGUCCCAGGUGCUUGCUAUGAACUGGUUUUACAAAUGUCACUGCCCAUCCAUGAAAAUCACAAAGAAUGUGUGUGUGUGUGUGUGUGUGUGUGUGUGUGUGUGUGUAUAUGUAUGUUCCAGCAUAACUCCGGAAUGCCUCUAGCAAUUUACACCAAACUUGGUACACAUAUGACUUACAAUCUGGGAAUAAACACUGUGGGGGUAACACACCCCUACCAUCCUUAUGGGUGAGUCAGCAGCACAGAGUAUUUCAGCAGACAGCAUAACUCUGGAAUGCCUGGAGCAAUUUACACCAAAAUUGGUACACAUAUGACUUACAAAUUGGGAACAAACAUUGUGGGGGUAAGACACCCUUAGCGCCCCUAGGAUUUGGACAGCAGCACAGAAUAUUUCAGGAGAUAGCAAUACUCCAAAAUGCCUGGACCAGUUUACAUGAAACUUGCUACACAUAUGACUUACGACCGGGGAACAAACACUGUGCUAGUAAGAUACCCGUAGCACCCCUAGGGGUGAGGCAGCAGCACAGAGAAUUUAUGCACAGCAUAACUCUGUAAUGCCUGGUGCUAUUUACACCAAACUUGGUACACCUAUGACUUACAAUCUGGGAACAAACACUGUGGGGGUAACACACCCCUAGCACCCCUAGGGGUGGGCCAGCAGCACAGACUAUAUCAGGACAUGCAUGAUAUGUCAGUGAUGACAGGGCAUCAUGUGAAAGUGGCAGUGACAUGAUGUGAGGAGGGGAAUGGAGGUAGCAGGAAGCCACACACUGAGAGUUAUAUAGUGGGAGGAGUAGGGUCCCCAGCAGCACAGAGUAUGUUAGGAGAUGCAUGAUAUGUCAGGCAGGACAGGGCUGCAUGUGACAGGGGCAGUGACAUGAUGUCAGGAGGGGAAUGGAGGUAGCACGGACCCACAUACUGAGAGUUAUAUAGUGGAAGUAGUAGGGUCCCCCAGCAGCACAGAGUAUAUCAGGAGAUGCAUAAUGUGUUGCGCUAUAUAAGAAACUGAAAAUAAAUUGAUCAUUUCACAGGGGCACUGACAUGAUGUGAGGAGUGUAAUGGAAUGGAAGCAGCAAGAAGCCACAGACUGAGAGUUGUGUAGUGUGAAGAGCAGGGUUCCUUGGGGAACAAAAAGGGGUCUGGCCACUACACAGAGUGGGUCAGGGAAGCAAGAUAUGCCUAUAUACUCGAUCUCCAACCAACGCAAAUUAACGAACAACUGUAAUUCUAAUUUACCAUCCUCAUCCCGUAGCGAAGCACGGGUAUUCAGCUAGUACAAAUAUAUACAGCAACAUAUGCAAGACAUUGUUUCAACACUAAGUUUCAUUUUGUCUUAAUUAUCUGCUUGUGCUUAACAACUUCAGGUAACAAUAGUACUUUUUUCAAAACAUACAUAGACAACUCUGGAGAAACAUUGGCUGAGUGUAGUGGCCAAUACAAAAAUCAAUGGCAAUAUGGAGAAGUAGCCAGGGCUGUGUUCCAGGUAGAACCAGGUUCAGGGGUACAUGGGUUAAUUAUGGUGACUUAACACAGUAAUCUAAGCAAAUAACAGUUUAUUUAUAACGUGCAAUAAUGCAAUAACAGGCAACACAUAUCAUGUGAAACAAUGGAUGCUUAGCUACAAUUGGAAAAGCUGUUCAUGGUGGUCAAGUUACAGAUUCCAGGAAUCCCUCUUUCAAUUUUCACGAGCUGGAAUAACACUUCAGAACAGGGCAUGAGACUGCUGCAGACAGUCCAGAAAUGAGACUGAUCUGACAGGGCAAAGGCUCUGUCUUAAGUUGCCCAAAAAUGGAGUGGAAAAAACAUGUGCCUUGUGGACAAACAGAUAUCUGGCAGUUUCAACCACAUUUCCAAGACAGGUACAGUAACGGUGGAACCAGGGCCAGAGCUACCAUUAGGCAGCUACCUAGGGGUGCCGACUCCUGGAGGCGUGCUAUUGGGAUCGCCAGCGCAAGAAUUAAGGUCCUUAUGCUACAUAGUACUGACAGCAGGAGUGGAUUAUAUAGACAGCUGCUGCACUCGUACUUUUACCCUGCUCUUAGUUAUAUUAACCAGCCAGGCAUGUUUAGCAAUGUCGUCCCUCCCUGCCAGUGAUUCACAUAUGAAACAAAGGUUCAGCUAAUCUAAGACAGCACAAAUCUAUCCCAGAGCUGUAUACAAGGCAGUGCUAUGCUAUCCGCCCUGCGCUGCUGCUUUUGAGGAAGAGGAGACCAGGUGCCACCGGAUGAAGUGAGAGAGCACCAUUCCCCAGACUUCACUCUUAGGAAGGAGGUCCCACCUCCCUUCAUCCAGGGAGACAUCCAGUAGUAGCGCUCAGUACUCCAGGUUUGUGCAAUGAGAGAGGACUGCAUUAUAGACACCAUACUUGCCUACCUGACCCUCUCCUUGAGGGAGAAAAUGCUCUGUUCCUGGACUUUCCUGGUAAUGUAUGAUUGCCAUCACCUGUGGUAAAACACCUUUCUUAUCGAUUAACUAGCUCACCACAGU